AUGACAUGUGACAUGACGUGCAUUAUUAAAAGUAUGUUUUCACUUUACUAUAUUACGACGUUUCCUGUGAUUGGUCAAAAUAGUAAGCAGUCAAGCUCAUGGCCAAUAGGAAGGUGUCUAAGUUCUACCAUUUUAAUAUAACUGGUAAAAUAAAACGAACUAAUUAAUCAAGUCAAGAAGUUGAAGGGGUACGAUUGUAAUGGUUUUUUAAGAUAUUAAUGUAAUUAUUAAGUUAAUGCAGAAAUUUAUGUGAUUUUAGUGAAAUAGUAGACGUCCAGAAUUGCCAUGCGUCUGUUGGCAUUAUCCCUCUCACUGCUAAUUUGCAGUGCAUAUAUAGUCCGAGCUUAUGAGGACAACACAUUGGAGGAUGAUGAUUUUGCUGAAUUUGAACAAUUUGAUGCAGAUGAUGAUGAGCCAAUCAAUGUUAAGAUAGAAUUCAAUGAAGAUGGCAAAGAAGUUCCUCCACUCAAGACUAAAGAUAAGGAUCAAUUUGAAGCUCAUGUAGAAACUGAAGACGACAUGAUAGUGGAGGAUGAAGAUAAUGAAUUUGAACAUUUCCAAGACCCGGAGGAGUUUGAAGGCUUUCAAGACAGCUCCACUCCCCAUGCUUCUGAACAACCAAAAAUCACAAUUUCCAAGGUUCCUAUAACAGUUCGGCCCCGGUGGGAUGCAUACUGGUUGGAAGGCAUCCUGUGUUGUUUGCUAGUAGCUUACACACUUGGCUUUGCGGUGGGCCGUUCGAAGAAUACUUCGAUAGCUGUUAAUUUCUUGAAGAUGCAUAAGCCGUUAUUGGAUGAUAACUUCACACUAGUUGGUGAGACAGGUUCGGACGUGGUGUCAAUAGGCGAGGACCGCGGAUGGAGACGGGAGGCGGAGCAUUGUUUCACGAUGUGGUGCAGCGGACGCGUCUGCUGCGAAGGAAUGCUUCUCACACUCAAACUUAUUAAGCGUCAAGACCUAGUGCACGUGUUACUGGGUGUAGUUCGACCCAGUCCGGACACGUUACUGAUCCGGGUGGAGCUGGGCAAAGACGACAGCGAUCCUUUCGUAUUGUGUGUCGCGCAGAAGAAAAUCGCCACGCGCUUCUCUAAAGAGAUGCAGGAUUUGAGCGUAUUCUGCCCCGAUCGUAGGCCGGGCGAUAAGCACUCUCUUCCCACGUCACUCUCCGUAAUGUCGGAAUGUGCAGAAGCGACGGGCGCCAUAUUGGACGCGAGAGUGGUAGCUGCUCUAAAUCAGUACCACAACCACGUGCAGUACAUACACAUCUCCGACCGAUACUCCGGCCCCAAGCAGAUGGAGGAACAAGCGGUAACCAAGCCACCGGAAACGGAAAGGGUCCUGUUAGUGAGCUUGGCUCUCGGCCCCGAGGGUGGUGGUGACGAAGUGAGGCCGCUGCUGUUACUUGUGUUCCACUUGCUGGACAAGCUCAAACGGCUGCGACUCAGCAAGGAGGCGUUGGCAAAAUGCGAAAAGCGUCGUCAGAAGGUAGCCGAGGCAUGGCUGCGAGGCGCCCACGCUGCCAGACAGGAACAGGCCGCGCUCAGGAGAGAAGAGCGUCGCAAGCAGGAGAAGGAGAGGAUACUGGCGGAGGACGACCCGGAGAAACAACGCCGUUGGGAAUUAAAGGAGCAGAAACGGGAGAAGAAACGCAAGACGCCGAAGAUGAAGCAACUCAAAGUGAAAGCGAUGUGAACGACCACAUUACUCAGUCAGAAAACUACAGUACAGAUGCAAUAUUAUUUACAGUGGAAUUUUGUUAUUUAUAUGUAAGUGUUACUCAACAAACCGCGAAUAAAUGGAGUUUUAAGUUAAACUUGCUGUUUCUUUGAUUAUUAACCCCCUUGGCUGUUUACUUCUAAAAUAAGACCAUUAGACCACAAAAACACAGAAGGGGAGACCGAGGGGAUUUGAAACAAAGGUGAUUUGAAACAGUACCGAUUUCUCGGAACUUAAAACCGUUAGCGCGUCAGCAACGUCGCUUUUC